AAUUUAACAAUAAAUAAUAACUAUAAAAACAAUCAUGGAAGGAAAUAUUUCAGUUAAUGAUCAUCAUAAAAAUGUCAUUGUAAGCUAUGUAGAAUUUAUGGAUCACCAAAAAAAACAAUCUGUUAUUUUAAUUAAAAAAGCGUUCGAGGAAAUCUUUAAAACAAAUUUAUUGGAUGAAACGUACACAAAAGAAGAAGUGAAGAAUAUUUUAAAUAGUUUAGAAAGAAGCAUCACAAAUGAAAUCAAAUGUGAAUUAUCUGCAUACACAAGCACUAAUCUUCUAAUGAUGUAUCAAUUUUUUCAACAAGCUGAAAAAUGGCAUUUAAGGCUCAAUUUAGAUAUAUCUGAAAUACAAAACAAAGAAUUAUUACAAGAGAUGGAAAAAAUAGAAACUAAUUAUAACACAAUGAAUCGAACAUUAAACAAAAAAAAGCUUUUAGACACUUUUGAUCACAUAUCAAGUGACUUUGU